AUGUGAGGUUCAUAUCAUUCUCUCUCUCUAACCAUUAAACAACAACUCAUUCCCGAGUUGAGUUGAGCAGAGAAAUUGGUGACUCAUGUCAGUAUCUUCGCAGACUCUGCGCUACUGCUUCAGCCCUCUCUCAUCCUCAUCCUCAUCUUCUUCCAAUCACCAAUGGCGCCGUGCUGCCUCCAUUCGCUGCUCUCCCUCUCCCUCGCUGCAGGAGCCUCUAAUCCCCUCUCGAAUUCAGCUGCAUAAGCCUCUUCCGCCCUCGCCAAAUGAAGAUAACCCUAGCAAUUCCUCCGGAAUUCAGGUGCCGAGGCAGAGAUACAUCUCAGUUUCCAAAUCCGAAUUGCUAGACGCCAUUGUCUCCUCUAUGUUCCCCUCGCCGGAGGAAGCCACUCAAUUUCUCUCUCUCUCCCAAUGCUUGGAUUCGAUUCUUCACGCCGAACACAAAACCAUUUUAGAGGAAAUGAGAUGUUACUAUGAUGACCUCACUCUUUCCGCCAAGACUAAUGCUGAUGAUUUUCCACCUGUGACGAAUGGAGAUAGUGAACAUGAAGGAGAUGAGACUGACUCCAAACCCAACCUAUCAUUGCCCUUUGGUUUUACACUCGACUUCAAUUCACUCUUCGAUUUUUCAUCCAGUAAUGAUGAGAGCAAUUAUAUCAAGGCUUCCAGAACUGCCAUCCCAGGUCAUUUUCAACGCUCUUUGAUGAGACUGCUAAAAAAUGCUGAGUUUGAAGAGUUGUCUCCCAGGGAUUUGAUGUUGACUUCUGCUCUAAAUACUGAUUAUCUCCUCACAUUGCCUAUUUAUGUUGACUGGAAAAGAGCAUCACUGUCCAGUGUUAUUGUAUUCAGGCGGGGAUACACAACUGAGAGGCAGAAGGGCCUGCUAAUUGCUGAAAAACUGGAUUACUUGCAAUCAAAGUUGUUGCAGAACAUCAUUUUUCUUAUCGCUAAACCAAUGGGGAGAUUAGGUGUCUGGUUGGAUGAGAUUUUCAAGAGCAUUAUACAGAUACAAGAUACAGCAGUUUUAGCCAAAAGAUUUAAGCGUUGGCUUGACGACAUGCCUCUUUCCCUGAAGUCCUAUUCCUAUGAUGGAAAAAUAUUUGAUGAGCUUGAAGGAAUAGACAUCUUUUCCAGUGAGUUCCCAAUCUGGGUGGCUGCACAGAAAGCAGUAACUCUUUAUGAAGGAAUUCUCUCAGAAUCUGGUCCACGUGAGAGGCUCUUGAGGAAGUUUCUAGCAUGGGUUGGCCUAGUACCAUCAAUUCCAGAGGAAGCAUUUGACCUUCACUUGGACAAUAGUAGUUCUGGAUCCAAUUUAAGUCCAAGUUUCCUACCAAGGAUAUCACUCAGUGACAUAUGGAAACCUGCAUCCCCUAGAUAUUGUGGAAAUGAUAUCAGGAAGAUGUUAAGAACAGCCGUUUCAGUUCUAUUCUCACGAUCGAUUCUCCAGGAGCCAGCAUUCCAAGAAUUAAUCUUGCUAUAUACCGAGAACAAUGAAGACAGUGAAACUCCAGGUCAAGCUGAGGUGCCUUCAUUGCAAAUGAAAAUCUUUGAGAGAAUUCCUAUUCCAGAUUUACCGGUUGUUUUCCCUCACAAGCAGCUGUCUUUCCGCAUCCUUGAUGCGGUACGGUUGGAUGCUGCAACAAUAUUGGGUCUGCUGGCAUACUUCUUCAGUUAUAAAUUUGUUAACAUUUUAUCUUCUCCAUCUGCAAUAUUUUUGGAUGCAGUUGCAGCCACUGCAUUCGGGAUAUAUACGUUUCGUGUACUUUUGGGAUACAAACAAACACGGGAUAGAUAUCAACUUCUGGUGAAUAGGACGCUGUACGAGAAAACAGUAGCUAGCGGCUUUGGAUCUAUUCAUUUUCUUCUUGACGCUUCUGAGCAGCAGCAAUACAAAGAAGCCAUCUUGGUGUACGCCACCCUACUUAUGGCAGAGAGCGACAAGGUGAAAAGCACCAAAGGCAUUGCCCAUAAAUGCGAGGCGUUCAUGUAUGAUGUUUUCCAAGAGAAGGUGGAAAUGAGAGUUGAGAAGGCUAUAGACACACUGUUGAGGUUGGGUUUGGUAGUGAAAAAUGGGGUCGACGAAGUAAACCCUAUUCCAUGCGCCACAGCUUCUAUCAUUCUCAGAAAUAGGUGGAAUACUCUUAUCAACUAACUGCCUACAAACAUGUAUUUCCACCACCACAAUAUUGUAAGCAUUCAUUUAUUACGGAAAUAGAACUCUUUUACACGUAA